AUUGUUCAUACUCACAUAUAUGCAGCUGAACAUAGAUCUUAUGUUCACGCAGCUAUGAUUUCGCUGAAGUUUAUUAGUAUUUGUUAAGGUUUUUGCUGCACAAUUAUGUUUGUAUUUGAUUAGGGAUUUCACGGUAAACUCUGUGAGGUUUAUCAUCAGUCCUAAUGUCUUCGAGGUUCUAUGUUCUAGAGAACUGAUCUAUUCUCGAUUUGUGUUAUAAACUCACAAUUUCACGAGCUAUUUUAAUUCAUUGUGAAUUUCUAUAAAACACCGAAAAUUCAUUUACACUGCCAAUUCUGUUACUUUCAGAUAUUUGGGGUAUGAAUGUUCAGUUGCAUACUGGUUUGAUGCUUUGGGUAAUGGUAUUAGAGGAUAAAAAUAUCAGUUAGUCUGUUAGGAUUAGUUAGGAUAUUUCUGUUAGUUAGUAUCUGUUAUCUCCCUCAUAUGGAUACUGAGUAUAACUCAGCAUAUAAGUGCAAAGUGUAAAGAUGAUGAAUGUUGGUUCAAUACAGACUACUUCUUUCUACUCUCCCCAAUCUCUACAUUUGUGAUAAAUGGAAUUUGUUUUUGAAUUGUAAAUGCUGGUGUUAACAGGGAAGACCAUGGCUUCUAAGAAGGGUAAUAGAAAGGGCUUUGUGGAGUCUGCUUCAAAAAGCACACUCAAGAAAACCCCCAAGUCCUUAAAGGUCAAAGAGAAAAUUGUGAAAGAAUCUUUGCCUAAGAAAUCUUCUCGAGGCAAAGAAGGUGAGAGCAGCUCACAAGUCAAAGACAGGAAGGAAAAUGGAGGGCAGGGGAUUAAAGAUGGCAAGAAGGUCAGUGAUCAAAGUCAAAGAGCUGAGAAACGACCUAAUACACAAGCUGGGAAUAAAAACGAGCGGCAUAUAGAUGAAAAACAUAAAAAGUUGAAGAAAAGGGACCAGCAGUCCACUGUGAACAAUAGUGGAAAAGAUAGAAAGGAGAAUGUAAGGGAGGAGAUCAAAGAUGGCAAGAAGUUUAGUAGUCAAAGUCAAAGAACUGAGAAGCAUCCAAGUAAGCAAUCUGGUAGCAGAUAUGAGCGACAAAUAGAUGACAAGCGUAGAGAGUUGAAGAAAAGAGACCAUCGUUCCACUGAGGGCCUUGGUGGAAUGAUCUUUAUGUGUAGUGGGAAGACUAAACCAGAUUGUUUCCGCUAUAAAGUAAUGGGUAUUACUGCGAAUAAACAAGAUGUCGUGAUGAGAAUCAAACCUGGUCUCAAGCUAUUCCUCUAUGAUUUUGAUCUCAAGCUCUUGUAUGGAGUAUAUGAAGCAUCAUCAACUGGUGGAAUGAAACUUGAACCGGCAGCCUUUGGUGGGGGAUUUCCUGCUCAGGUCCGAUUCACAGUUAUUGAGGAUUGCCUUCCCCUGCCUGAAAGUGUUUUUAAAAAAGCUAUCAAGGAUAAUUACGAUGAGAAGAGGCACAAAUUCAAGACUGAUUUGUCAGUUGCACAAGUGAAACACUUGAUGAAGUUGUUUAGGCCUACACCAUGGUUGCAUGGAACAUCCAAAUCUUCUCUUCCUGAAUCCGUGCCAGAGUCUGUUAUUCACCACACAUCUGCAGGGACUUUGCCUGGUGAUGAAUUCCAGCAACAAGUGUAUAGAGAAUCUUACAUUAUUAGCAAUGGUGCUGAACCUUUACCAAUUGGUCAUGAGAGGUCACUCUUGACUAACCACCACAUCACGCGUAAUGAUGCACCCUCUUCUUCACUUUUUCUCACUGAAAAAGAAUAUAGAAGCUAUGGUCUUCAACAAAGGAGACAGCUUGUGCCAACUGACUCUACUGCUGGUAUUGAUCAUAUAUUGGAUCGUUAUCGACCUAAGGAAGGGAUGGAGCAAUCUCUGAGGAACCCUGCUCUUGUAAGUGGUGGUGCUUCAUCAUUGCCACGGAAUGAAGCUGGUUUGCCUGAUCCUUAUUUCCUCAGUGAAAAGGAGUACAGAAAUUAUGGCCUCAAGGGUUAUAAGGAAGCGACCACUACUGUACAGCCUUCUCUAGAAACUGACACUACAAUGACUUCCACCAUCAAUCUUGGGGUACAAAACCAUGACUCAUACAGUUGUAAUCCCUACAAUGACAGUACCGCAUCACUUGUUAAUCGGUAUCUUUCCUUGCCAAUGAGACUGCCCGAGCCCUUGGAACCUUAUUCGCUGACGGGAAGAGAGUCUUACAUAACUGAGUCAAACUACUCAAGGGAGACAGGAGGCCAUCCCGGUAGAGUGACUGACGAGAGAGAGAAUCGACAUUCACCAUAUCGUACCUAUGCACCUUCGGACCUCAGCCCAAGAUACCAAUAUCCUGGCAACGUCCCCGACUAUUCAUCCAAUCCAGUAUUACUCCGCCAGUCCUAUGCAGGUCGUUCUGCAUCACGCUACUGAACCUCAAUUGCAUCUCUUGGGUAUCAUGUUCCUGCCAGAUUCCAGUUAUAUAUGCUUAUACUUCCAUGGCUAAGAUGCUGAUUCAAUGAAAUCUGGCUCUAUUUAAAACAUGUGAAAAAUCUGGGUACACAGGCGCUUGGAGGAAAUGAAUGCAUGGCAUGAUAUAGGAAUGCCUGAAGUUCCCAAAAGGUCUUUAUUUCAGAUCAUUGCUGAUCCCAAAGAGAACAGCAAGGGAUGUUUCCAUUUUCUAAGAAGUUGCAGUGGUAAAAGAUGGCAUCAAUUGUACAAUAAUUGGUUGAUCCAAAACUGUAUGGCAUCAGCUGUUAUAAGGCAAUGGGAUGUUUUUCUCAUUAUGUGUAACUUAUACUGAGCAAUAUGAUCCUGACUGUGUCUUAAACCCAAAUUUUCCCGUUCGUUAACUUGUUUUGUAUGUGAACAAACAUGUUACUUUUAGGUGUUUAUAUGAUAAUUUUCCUGUCCUAUUUUAUA